UAAUAAUUAAAAAAAAUUGAAAUACCAUAUAAUUUGAAUAAAUUUUCUCAAAGAAAUUUUUCUCUCCAGAUUGAGUUUUCCGAUAUUUUUCCGUUUGUGAAAUCAUCUCUGUAGGUGAAUUCGCGCAUGAUAAUAUGCAUGAUAGCACUACACGAGUGAUUUCAAACAGAUUAUACAUUGCAUUUAUUAUCUUCUCCAAAGUCUUCUUUCUGGCGGUCUCCAUAGAACAUGUAAAUAUAUCGAUCAAACAUUAAACUCAAAUCAUUUGUAAGUAAUGGCGAAUACCCUGGGUCCCGAUGUUAAACGAGCUGGAAACUCUAAUUUGGCAACUAUUUAUGGGAGGGUGCCGACCAUCGGUACAGAUAAAAUGAAAGUGACAUUCUGUACUGACAUGGAGAAAUCGGUGAUAGUGUAUAAUUUUGAAAAGAGGGGAUGGAGUCAGGUUGGUCCGGAAGACGAUUGGAAUUUUUACUGGGCGGUUACUCAAUCGUGCAGAAAUAUAUUUAGCGUCGAGACUGGUUACAGAAUGGGCGAUAAUCAGACAAUAAAUCAUUUUCCUAAUCAUUACGAGCUGACGAGAAAAGAUUUAUUAGUGAAGAAUAUAAAGAGAUAUCGAAAGGAUCUGGAGCGCGAGGGAAGUCCCCUCGCGGAGCGAGGCGAAGGCCCUGGAAAAUAUCUUCAUCUCGAUUUCAUUCCGGUCACCUUCGUCUUACCUGCAGAUUACAAUAUGUUUGUCGAGGAAUAUCGAAAAUCGCCACAGAGCACGUGGAUCAUGAAGCCUUGUGGCAAGUCUCAAGGUGCUGGUAUAUUUCUGAUAAAUAAGCUCAGCAAACUGAAGAAAUGGUCGAGGGAAGCAAAAAACCCUUUCAAUCCUAACCUGUCCAAAGAAUCGUAUGUGAUUUCACGGUACAUUGACAAUCCUCUGUUGAUUGGGGGCAAAAAAUUUGAUCUUCGUUUGUACGUUCUCAUAACGUCUUUCCGGCCUCUCAAAGCGUAUCUCUUCAAAUUAGGUUUCUGUCGCUUUUGUACAGUGAAAUAUGACACGAGCAUUCAAGAACUCGACAACAUGUACGUCCACCUGACCAACGUUUCUGUACAAAAACAUGGGGAAGAAUAUAACAGUCUUCACGGUGGGAAAUUGAGUGUUCAAAAUUUGCGUCUGUAUUUGGAAAGUACACGUGGCAAGGCUGUUACAGAAAAAUUGUUUGCCAAUAUAUCCUGGUGCAUUGUGCAUUCGUUGAAAGCUGUUGCCCCGGUAAUGGCAAAUGAUCGACACUGCUUUGAGUGUUACGGUUAUGAUAUUAUCAUCGAUAAUAAGCUUAAACCUUGGUUGAUUGAGGUCAAUGCUUCGCCGUCCUUGACUUCAACAACGGUUAACGACAGGAUAUUGAAAUAUAAAUUAAUCGACAACAUUGUCUCCGUGGUUCUACCGCCCGAUGGAGUUCCCGACGUCCGAUGGAAUAAAUGUCCGAGUCCGGAAGCGAUGGGGAAUUUCGAGUUGUUGUUGGAUGAAGAGUUGUCGGCUCAAGAAGAGCGAGACAAUCCAUCGGGAAAGUCGCGUUCCUCGAACAAAUGGAAAUGACUGUAUAAAAUCAGGUGUAACCGUGAUACGUGACAUAGAAAAAAAAUGAAGUCCUAAAUACAUCAACAAAAAGAAUUAUGUUUUAUUUUUUUUUUUCAUUUUGUACAAAUAUUAUACAUUAUUCCGUAAUAAUUACGACGAAAAAACAGUGCACGAGUUAAAAAACGUGAAACGUUAAUUUUGUAUUUAUGCUUUUCAGUCUUCGAUGCAAAAUUAGGCGAAUUAAUUCAACGACGAUAUUUGAAUUUGAUUUUAUUUCAAUAAUUCAAAUUUAUAAGUAUGCUCCAAGGCGAUUGCCAAAGUGGCAGUGCGCGCGAAUAAGGUCGCUGCUUUAUUUCACUCUGUUUGCGCUCCUUUUCCUUCCUCUUUUUUCUUUCAAUAAGUUAUAUUUGUACGAAAAUCGUUAGUCUAUCUGGAUAUCCUUGGAUUCUGUAUCUUUACGUUGUACAUUUAAAUACUAUUUAUCAUAUUCUUGAAAAUUAUGGCACGGUUUCGUGAUUAUUCUAAUUGAAACAUAGGAAAAAGUGGAAGGGGAACGGUCAUUUGAAAAGCUGACGAUAAAAAUGGAAUUUUGUAAGUGUACAAAUCGACGAAAAAUUUCGCCUUCCCAAUUGGAAUGAUGUUCGGAAAAUAAAACAUAAAAAAACUCUAAAAGUACAAAUUUGUAACAAAGUUCCCCUAACUAAAUUCUACUUUAAACAUUGUAUUCAUUAAUAAUUGCGAGAUUUUUUUGAACAAUUUACGAAGUUUACAUUGUCGAAAUUUGAAAGAAUUCAUUUUAGCAGUGAUGAAUUUCAUUCUUACACUGGUUUUUAAAGACCAACCAGACUUUUGUACAAAUUUGAAUAUUCCACGUUACGAAAAAUUGCAAUUCGACUAUACAGACUUCAACAUUAACGGAUAUCUGCAUACACACUGGAACUAAAAGAAUAAAAAAUAAAUUGCCAUUUUUUCUUCGCCGAAA